AUGUCCACGGCUUCGACGUACCAGAACGUGCCAAUGCAGGGCAGUCAAUCGAGUACAUCAUCUACAGCGGACUCUGAACACUCAAGAAGCACAGCACCGACGGAACACAGCCGUCGCAUAGCCGUCGCAGACAAGGGAGAGGACUCCUGCAAAGCACUUUUUUUCACAGAAGAUCCGCGCGACUCCAAUUCAACGUAUGCAUCAACGGUACCUUCUUGUAAGGAUUUACCUGAAGAAGGAGAAGAAGAAGAAGAAGAAGAAAAGCAGCCCCACUAUGAAGUAGUGACGGAGCGACAACAGACAUUUACUUCAAGCGCGAUACCCUCCAAUUCAGCGACAUUCGCUGACUUAUUUCCGUCUGGUCGACGUCUAUUCAUCCAUCAUGACGAUUCCACGCUAGACGGAAAUAUGAACCUUCGCGUCGAUACACUUCUGAAUCGCCGAGACAGGACGCGACAGCAGGAAGUCACGCUUUUCCAUCUGAGGAUGCACGAUCUGCAUAGUCGCAACUUUUCGUUUCGGCGGUAUUGUCGCGAUUCGGGCCGGGAAGUAUGUCACUCGAGACGAAUGACACAUACCGCUCAGUUGCAGAAGAGGCCGAAUCUUCGUAGGUCUUGGGGAAGUGUCUUGAAUGGAUUGCGACCGGGUUCGGGAUCGAGUGAUAAGCAUUCUGUGACUGGGUUUUGGAAUUCCAAUUCCAACAAACUUCAUCAUCAUCAGUCGCUACCCAAGUCGUCACCCUUACAAGACUUUCUAGAUGACGAGACGAUGACUCCCGGUCCAACAGAAGAGAAGUUGUCGAAUACCAUGCUCCUUGAAUUCUGUAACUACGCACACAUCGAACUGUCUCGGGUAGGCGUCACAUCGUCAAAAAGAUACGAAUUCGAGUACUGGAGCACAAAGUAUCAAUGGAGACGAGAAUCCAGACGCGAAGGGGGCUUCCACGAAAUCUCGUAUCAUCUAGUCAACCUCGAAACCUCAAGGACGGUCGCUUACAUCGUCCCCGAAAUCUUGACGCCAAUGGAGAUGAAGGAGGAAGAGGAGAAGGGGGGUUGGGUACCGAAAUGUUCGAUGUGGAUGAGUGAUUCAUCUGUCUAUGAGAAGAUGUCUGACGUAGCUGAUGUAAUUGUAGCAACUGGAAUCAUGGUCCUAGUGGACGACAGCAUCAGACGUCGAUGGCACAAUAAGCGACACGUCGGAUUGAAUCUGGGUAAAAGAAGAGCAUCUACAUUUUUCCAGAAUAUGCAUUUGGACUCCUUGGGUCCUAGACGAUUGAUUGAUGAAAUCCUCCAUCGCCGCGGGUCGGAUGUAAGGGUUCUUUACAGUUCUUUUCUUUUCAAUCUGGUUGACCCAUUCAACCCUUAUCGGAAUGGAGCCGAUAUCUGUGGGCUCCCCGAUAAGAUGGGGGGUGGUCGCCUGUACAAGCCUAACAGUUCCUCGGUAUUAUCUAAAACUUUAUCUCGACGCUUAAACAUCUAUCAAGAAGCAAGCCUCUGUCUGACAGUGUCUCUGCUACCAUAUUAUAGGAAGAUUUCCUUUAAUAUCGCAGUAUAUCUAUCACAUGAAAUGACUGCAUCGAAUUCCGUAACCAGUCGAAAUGCUGCCUCUCGUCCGCCGAACUUGAAGAAAAGAAAGCCCGCUAAUCGGCGCACAUUGAGUUGUUAUCCCUGCAGAAAGCAUAAGCUGAAAUGUGACCGUCAGAUUCCCUGUCAGAGCUGCAUCAGAUAUCAAAGAGAAAAUCAAUGCAAGGAAAAUCCCGCGCCGUCUGCUUCAGCUCGCGUCGCGGUGCGACAGCCGCCUCCGAGCAUUGCUCCGGGAUAUUCGCCAGCACCAAAGUCAGAAGGUGACUUUAUGCUAGAAAUCUUUAGUUGUCCGUCACGAUACUCAAUCACGGAACUUGUGGAAUCCUGUCAAUCAAAUACUCGACUGGAUCCCACACAUACGAUGAUGUUUCUCCACUCACGGUUUGCGUUGCCCGUCCUGCUACCCCAAUCCAUGUCUGCAGCAUCGAUCUCAAGUGAAGCGGGAAGAGGCAAUUCAUCAUCGCCAAUAUCUCGCUCGAUCGACUCCAAAUUAUUCUGGAAAGUGCAGUUGUCCUCACUUCUACCACCCCGGGACCUGUGCGAUAGACUUGUAUCGUAUUACGUAGAGAAUAUCGACCUCAUAUAUCACACUAUCCAUAUCCCGAGCUUCCAGCGCCAAUACGAGGAAUUUUGGUCAUUGAACACUGCUGAAAUUGAUCUCAUAUGGUUGGCACUGUUGCUGACAGUCAUUUCCUUGGCUGCACUCAUGACUUCGAAAGAAUACGUGGAGAUGUUGGGGAUGGGAAAGUCGAUAGCUCGUGAUUGGGCCCAUAUCUGGCAUCAAGCCUCUCGUCAGGCGCUAUAUGCUGGUGAUUAUGAGUUGAAGCCGACUUUGACGCAGUUGCAGGUGUUUGUGUGCACUCAGAUAUAUUGGCUGGAGACCAAGAACCAUGAGAUAUUGAACUCAGCUCUAGGUCAGGCAGUACGAAAUGCUCAGGCUCUCGGGUUGGACAAGGAUAAGCCUGGCAAAAACCGCCUCGAUACUGAACUUAGGCGUCGUGUCUGGUGGGAACUCGUAAUUAAUGAUACUUAUCAGGCUAUGUGCCUGGGACGUCCCCCUCUAAUCCAUACUUCAUCCUCCGAAGUACCAAAGCCAGUACAUUGCAACGACGUCGACGUCACCGAAACAGACAUCACGCCACGCCCCAUGGAGGAAAUUACCGAUAUGAGUGCUAGCAUUGCGCACAUUGAGGUUUACAUCGUCUUCCGUCGACUUUUUGAAGACAACGGUGCCUAUACAUCAUCCUAUGAAUAUGUUCGGUCAAUUGAUCGCCAGAUUCAGGAAGUCGUAUCCCGAUUCCCAUGGUAUUUCCAGACAAACAACGAAAUCAACGUUCGGCAUGCGUCAAGUAUGAAUACAAUUUUCUGGCAGCACAAUAUACUGCAUAUUGGUAUCUGUCUACAACGGAUUCGACUCAACAGACCCUUUCUCCACGCACGUAUUGGUGAAUCCUGGGUUGUCUGCGCCAAAGCCGCACAGGAUAUCCUCGUCCCCUAUCGACGGAUGCGCGAGGCUAAUGUAGCUGGCUUUUUGAGAUCGCAACAAUUCACGUCUCUUGAAUACCAGGUAUAUACCGCUGCUGUAGCAGUAGCGGCAUUUUUGCUGGUGGAACGCUCAUUGCCGGGAUUAUCUUCACAGUCGAUGAUCCAAGAUGUCCAAAUGGUGAUAUCGGACCUCGAACAGGUAGAUCUCAGACCUAUGCUGGCUGAUGGAGUCAAGGUACUGCGAAAGAUGCUUGACUUGUUUGAGCAAGAGCACUCUCAGGACUCACAGGCACGAAUCUCUUUGGUAAAAGAGAUUGCGUCUGUUUUUGGCGGAGAGGAGCUUGCUAAGAAGUAUUUGAAGCAGUCUUAUGAAGCGCUCGGUUCUACUAAGGCUACAACGACUGAUGUAGCUCCAACGCGCUCACCAUAUUCACUCACAUUACGAGAGUCCGACUUUGGACAUACCAAUAAUGUGAUUCCACCCAGUACAGAGCAUCCGAGAAUUGAACUCGAAAAUUCAUUUAUGGCCGUCAAUGAUUCUACAUCUCUCGACUUUGAGGUUGCAUUGGACAUGUUAAGCUUCGAUCAGUGGCUAGACUACCUGAUACCCGGUGAUGCAGAUAUGUCACUUGAUCAAUGGUAA